AUGUAUUUAAAAUCAAUUCGUUUUCUAUUCACUCCUUAUCGAACAUCCCCAUCCAAAAUAUUUUGUCGUUGCCAACAUGUUCAAACACAAGAUUUAGUUGUUGAACGUGUCUAUCGUCAAUUGAAAUUAGGCGAAUAUGAAACACGUUUAAUUCGUAAUUUUUGUAUUAUUGCUCAUAUUGAUCAUGGAAAAUCGACGUUGGCCGAUCGUCUUCUAGAAAUUACGGGUACCAUACCAAAAUCAAAAGAGAAUCGACAAGUACUCGAUAAACUAGAAGUGGAAAGAGAGAGAGGAAUCACAGUUAAAGCGGCCGCGGCAUCAAUGUUUUAUGAAUAUAAAAAUGAAAAAUAUUUAUUAAAUUUGAUCGAUACACCAGGACAUGUUGAUUUUUCUACUGAAGUAGCUCGUUCAUUAUCCGCCUGUCAAGGUGCUAUACUUCUCGUUGAUGCUUCACAAGGUAUUCAAGCACAAACCGUUGCCAAUUUUCUCUUGGCAUGUGAUUCAUUUCUCGAAGUAUUAGCCGUCAUUAAUAAAAUUGAUUUAAAAGAUGCAAAAAUUAAUAAAACUCUCGAACAAAUCACUAAGGAAUUUGGUAUUCCAAAUGAAAAUAUUCUUAAAAUAUCAGCAAAACAUGGUACCAAUUGUACAUCGAUAUUAGAUCAAAUUAUUGAAAAAUUACCACCACCAGUGUGUGAUCGUCAACAAAAUUUAAGAUUAUUGGUAUUUGAUUCAUAUUACGAAUCAUGUCCAAUUGUUAUUGUCGCUGUUAUGGAUGGUGUAAUUCGACCUGGAGAUAAAAUUCAGAGUAAACUGACUACAAAGACCUAUACGGUAUUAGAAACUGGUAUAUUUGCACCAGAAAGAAUGCGUGCGGAAGCAUUGUACGCAGGACAAGUUGGAUAUGUUAUCUGUGAUACAAAGAUAUCAGAUACAGUAGUAGGCGAUACAUGGCAUCAUCUAGGCAUAGAUGUAAAAUCAUUGACAUCAUUUAAAAUUCCUCGACCAAUGGUCUUUGCAGGCUUUUAUCCAAUUGACGAGUCAAACUACAAUCAAUUUGAGCAAUCAAUUGAACGUUUGUCACUUAACGAUACAGGCGUUCGUGUUCAAACCGAUUCGAAUCCAGCAUUUGGCAAAGGUUUUCGUUUAGGUUUUUUGGGUUUGUUGCAUAUGGAAAUUUAUUCACAACGUUUACAAAGUGAAUUUGGGCAACAAAUAAUUACCACGAUACCAGGAGUCGCUUAUAAGUGUAAAAUUAUUGGGAAAGAUAAUAUUAAACAACAUGGAUCAGAUUUAUUACUCAUUAGUGAUUCAAUGAAAUGGCCAGAUACGAAUAUCAUUCAACAAUGUUAUGAGCCCAUGGUUCUAGGUCAAAUAGUUUCGCCUACAAUUUGUUCAUUACCGUUAAAAAUACUUUGUACCGAACGUCGUGGAGUAUUAAUUGAAGAAUAUUCAAUUGAUGAAAAACGAACACUAUUUAAAUAUAAACUACCUCUAGCAGAAAUUGUCUACGAUUUCUUUGAUCAAUUAAAACAAAUUACAUCUGGUUAUGGUACAUUUGAUUAUGAAGACAGUGAUUAUGAAGCAGCAAAUAUUGUUAAAUUAAAAAUACUAAUUAAUCAAGAAUCAAUUGAUGAAUUAGCCGUUCUUUGUCAUUCAGCCCGUGCUAAAGCCAUUGGUCAAGAUAUUGUAUCGAAAUUACGAGAAAAUAUUGACCGUCAACAAUAUAAAAUAACUAUUCAAGCAUGCGUUCAUUCGCAUGUACUCGCUAGAGAAAUAAUUCAACCGUAUAAAAAAGAUGUUGGUGCAAAAUUGUACGGUGGUGAUAAAACGCGUCUUAUGAAACUAUUAAAACGACAAGAAGAAGGAAAAGAACGAAUGAGACAAAUAGCCAAUAUUGAAGUACCAAGACAAGCAAUUAUCUCGGUUUUAAAACGAAAUAAAUCUUGA